AUGUCUAGGAUACUCCAUACAGCACUACCUCGGUUGUUACUAGCACGAUUUCGCCCAGCUAUUCUUCAAUCUUGUUAUUCUGCAUCUUCAACAACAUCGGAAGAGAAACCUUGGGAAGAUCCCUGGAAACAUGCCGUUCCGAAGAAAGGUGGGAUUAUCUGCGGGUAGAAUUGUUGUCUUGACGUUUUCUAAUAUUUUGCUUUUUAGAAGAGACAUACACGACUUUUGAGGAGGUACCAGUUGAUUGGAGGUUAGUGGAACAAUUGUUACCUCCAGAAGUAAUUCCCGAACCUCCAAAUGUGCAGGAGAUCACGCCUAGUGGAUGGAGACCCCCAAGGGGUAUGGCGGAAGGUUUUUUUUAAUUCUCUGUUUAGAUCCAGUGCCAGAUCUUCCAUAUUACAUCAAACGAGAUCGCUUUCAUCUACCAUGUUUACACUUGAGCAGAAAAAGAGAUCAGUUGAAUGUAAAAACCAUGCAACACGAAUACAGAGAAUUAGUCACGUUGAGAGGUGUUUACGGAGAUGUUUUUGUGAGUUUUGUUUAUGACUAAUUUUGAAAUUAAUGUUUAAUUUGUUUUAGGCAUGUGAACGAGAUCUUAAAGAGUUCUUGGAGAACAGACUCGGGCAUCCGGUUGCGAUAUUUGCCAACGAAUUACAAAGUCGGAUUGUUGUUUGUGGCGCUGAUAUGACAGAUGUUGAGGCGUUUGUUUUUGAGAAAGGAUUUUGA